UCGUAAUUUCCCUAUCUCCCUCUGUACUUGUGCCUUGGCAAUCAGUAGUCGGUGGUGGUCCCCCUGUUCGGUACAACUGGGCAUGACAUUUAGUUACAUGCCUGUAAAAGCUGUCAUACUUAUCGUACGUUUUGGGGCAUUGGUUUAUAUUACAGGUAAUAUGAAAAUUUGGUUCAUUUGAGUGUAUAUUAUUUAUAUGACCCAAUAGCACUUUCAGUGUCAAAGCAAUGAAAAUAUGACAAAUUAAACAUCGCCAAGUCAGUCGAUGGUUUUCCAUUUUGCCUCUUGAAGAAGUGUCGUGAGGGAUGCUCGGGACAGGUUCACGCGCAUACUUCUAAGCGCGCCAAGCACGAGCAAGAAUUCUGAAGAGGAGACGUUUAGUUUUUUUUGACAAAAGCAAAGGUAACCAACGAAGAUGGUUGACCCACGAUCAGCGGUUAAGAGAAUGUCGACUGAUACUCUUCAAAACUGGGUUACUCAAACUGCUGUCAAUAUUUCUCUCCCAAAAAACGAAGACGACCCUAGGGUAAUUGCAGACCUUAUUGGGGGUAAGUAACUUCCAACGCAUGCUUGAAUUAGCUUUCGAAAAAUUUACUGCACACAGAUAAUUAACGUUAGCACAUACACUUGAAGAUCACCCUUAGGCAUAGUUGGGUUUAGAUAUUAUGUUAUUUAUGUUAUUUAAGCGUUAAUGAGAAGGGGUAAGGGCAUCUGCAAAGAAAAUAAAUACUAUUACUACUACUAAAUAAUAAUAAUAAUAAUAAUAAUAAUAAUAAUAAUGAGAAGCGGGGAGAUCCUUACUGACAAGAAGCCUGUAUGUGACAGGCAUAAGCUAUCUGAGGGCAUUUGGACUGACACAUUAACACUAUAAUAAACCUAUUUCGUGAAAACAGUACGAGCGUUAUUAUUGUUGUGAGUUAACUAAAUAUACUUACAAAUAGUGUAUUUGGGUGCUGUGUCAUUACACAGGGUACAUAUUGGAACAUCCAGUUCAAACUCAGAAUUCCAUAACGACAUGUAAGGUCUACACAGUACUCUUUACAAUACUUAAUACUUAAACUUAUUACUUUACAACACUUACUGAAACUUAAUACUUUACAACUGACAUAUAUGUGGUAGGCAUACAUUUUAGGAUUAAUAUGCAUCUUAAGCUUUGUUUAGUACUGUACUCAAGUUUAAAAAUAAUGAUUGUUUAUUUUAUAAUGCAUUGAAAUCCUUUGUUUCAGCUGCUGAGAUUGAUGGGUCAGAUUUUGUAUCACUAAAUGAACCUGAAAUAGCAGAUUUAAUUCCAGUUAAAACUCCAAGAUUCUUCCACCUCAGAAAAUAUCUGCGUACACUACUGAAUUACUUGAAUCCCACUCAAAAUAACACACCUUUAGGAUCAACAUCAAAGAAACAAGAAAUAACCAAAGAUGGGCCCUGCUUAUCUUCAGCUGCGUACACCUUGACUGAAAUCACAGUGGCUGAAAAAGUUAAGAAGCCACAGUGUUUUGCACAGACUGCAGUUCAACCUUAUUAUCCCGUUCUAUGGUUACCUGCACUGGAAGAAAAGCAAAGGGAACUAAUAAGAGAAAAAGACAUUGUUUAUGGGUGUGUGCAACAAGUUGCAAACAUGUUUCACAUUGCAAGAGCCAUCAAUCUGAAGAAUACCCCAUCAUUACACGACGUUGAAGAAAUGGCCAAGCGCUUUGUGAAAAAAUAUCCAUGUACUGCAGACGAAAAAGAAGAUGCAAAUGGAAAUAACUAUGCAAGUAUUUUUUAAUUCAAAACAUUUUCUUAAGGAAUUAAAUUAUGCUAAUGCCACAUAUCCUAAAGUAUUGUAAAACAGUGUAUUGUCACCUUGUUUAAAUCAGUUGUAUUUUGCCUUGCCUUCAGAUGAUUUAUGGUCAUUUUGAUCUGCCAACAUGGUCUUACUCGUAAAAAUGUUAAUUCAGAAAUUUCUUCAAAAGUGUUUUAUACAGGACUGUAUAACUGUGGUAACAUUUUCUGACUUGUAACCUCCAAACUCCACUUAAAUAGUUGGGCCUGCUUACAGUUUUUAAGUAAUUUAAGUAAUAUGGUCAACUCUAAGUUAAGAAUGGUAAAGAACGUUAUUUUGAUGUUAGUAUUUUUUUUUAUUUUUAUUUUUUAAACUACAAAAACAUGCCAAGUCACUUUUAAACAUGUUGCUGUUAUAAUGUUUUGCUAGAGAGCAGGCUGCAUCUGCGGGUUAUUAUUAUUAUUAUUAUUAUUAUUAUUAUUAUUAUUAUUAUAAUUAUUAUUAUUAUUAUUAUUAUUUUAAUAGUACAGUGUCUUGGAUAAAAUGCGAAGAAAGGUCUACAACAUGAGGUAUGAAAACAAAAAGGCUCAAACAGCUAAACCAGGCCAGAAAAGGAAAACAUAUGUAGAACAUUCUUCAACAAAGAAAACACAGCAUACUUUGCAUGAAGAUGUUUCUGUGAAAAUACAACCACAAAGUACAGAAGAAAAUGACGGAGAUUACGUAACACAAACAACCGCAGCACAGCUUCAGAAAAAGCUUAAAGAUGAGCUGUUAAGGAAAAGUCCCCGUUAUGAGGUUGUUAAGCAACUUCUUGACCUUGACUUUCCUGAACGGAAACACUUUAUAAAGACUGUCAAAGGAGAUGUUAGGCUCAUAUUGGAAAAGUAUAGCUGCUUUCAUCAGCCUAAUCAUUUGCAGGAUGAGAUGAGCAGACAUCUGCAAAAAUCAUUGGAAGGGUUAAAAGCAAAAUGGGAACUUGAGGUCAACAUUAUCUUGAAGUACGGAGAAGAGAAAAAGCUUUUGAACAUUAGCCUUGCAUGGUCACUUGAGAAGAAGACAAGUGAGGCUCUACAGAUCCUGCCAGAUCUCUUUGCUGCAGGAAAAUCUGCACCAACUGGCUUAAAAAAGAGUGAGAUGCUACUGCAGUUUGUGGACGACCUGGAAAAAAAGGAAGAGGCCAUGCAGAAAAGCAAAAAGAGGGAAGUCUGGCUGUUGGGUGUGCCAUCACACAGAAAAUGUUUUGUUUUAAUUAAAGGGCAGCCCCUUUGUGAACUAAAUUCAAUGGUAGAGGCAUUUUUCACUUUGCUUAGUGCCAGCUACACAUUUUCAGUCUGCUACCAUGAGUGUGUAGGACCAGCAAUGAUGUGGUUGGAGUCAGCAUUCCUUGGAGAUGAGAGGGUAAACACCAAGGACAUGACCUCAUGCAAGAAGUCAAUUCAAAGUUAUUUAGAUUUCAAGGAAAAGCUCACAAGUCCAUGUUGCAGUUUCUGGUGACCACGACUGGAGUUAUGCGUCCUGAUCCAAAGGCGAGGGCGCUAACUAACAAAUGUAAGAGCCCGCAUAGAGAGAUUUUCAGACAAUGGCUAAUGGACAUCACAAAAACAUAUCUGUCCAACAUAAUUGCAUGUUUCACUGCAUAUUUUUUACUGUAUGUUCAAAUGUAUUAUUUUUAUAUUGGGUUUAAAAGAGUAGUAAAAUAUGUUAAAUCAGUUUGAUUAUAAUAUAUUAGCAUGUAGAUUGUAGUAUUUUUACAAAUGAGGUUUUAAUUUAAUUGUAUGUAAGGUACAAAAUAUUUAUGCAGGUUUUGCAUAUUGCAUGAUUUGUUUGUAUUUAUUAAAGCUAUUAAAACAAAAUGUGUAUUUUAAAUUAGUAAAAAAUAGUUAUGUUUAUAUUUAUUAAAAACAUCGAAAAUGUUUAUUUUGAUGGAUCAAUAAAUGGAAACUUAAAUUUAAUACAAUACCCCAUUGUUGUUAUUUUUGGUUUAUUUUGUUUUGCUUUUAUCCAUAUUAAUAAAUAUCUUACUUUGAUUUUAGUCUUUUCCAUUUAGUUAAGAAAGUCUUUUAAAAAUAAGAAUACAUUCUUGAGUUAAGAGGGCAUUCUUUUUCAGAAAAAAACCCUUUUUUCAAGAAAUUGUUCUCUUGAGAGAAGAAAACAAAUCUCUUGUUUCAAGAAAUCAGGUAAUGUGUUUCAUUAGAACAAUUACUUAACACAAGAAAUAACUUCUUGUUUCAAGA